AUGACUUACGACAACAUCUGGGAACUACUGGAGAGCAAAUACCUUGGACUCACAGUGGCAGGAGGUUAUUUGACCAAUUUAGUUGCUGUUCAGAAGAACAGAUUAAUACAUCAGUCCAUUUUGAAGAUACGAAGCUACUUAUUGCCGUACCCUAAAAAUGUCAAUGAGUUCACAGGUGCAUCACUCACAGUGGUGAUACGGAUGCUUGAGGUAAUUGUGUUUGUGAUGGCGAUGACCAAGUCCUCUGCAAUGUUUGUGGUCUUUGAAGAACAGUUUGAAGGCACAGAGAAAACUGGCUAGAUUGGAUUCAUCAUGUCAUUACUUCAUUUUUCUGCAGGGGCUCAGGCAGCCAUUAUCUAUGACAUACUUGGAGAGAAAAUCACCUCCAUUGUUGGGAUUUUCUUUGUUACUGGUUCAUCAGCAGCUGGGCUGCAAGCAUUCCCUCUGUGUAACUAUGGGCUUUUACCUGCAACUAUUUUUCUUUUGGGCUUGGGUUCUACUUUCAUGUAUCAAGUAGCCACAAAAUACUUCAAAAACUAACUGGCUCUUGGUACAGCUGCUGCCUGUUCUGGGACGAGACUGACCUUCCUAUUAAUGCUCUUUCCAAAACCCCUCAUGCAUCCUGAUGACUGGACAGGAGUUCUGAUAUUAUUUGGAGCUGUUGCAUUUAAUUUGGUGCCUUCUAGUAUGCACUUAAGACCCCUACAUAUAAAAAGUCAAAACAAUUCUGAUACUGAGUGUAACAGUUUGUCUCAAGUGGCCCAGCAGAACUGUAAGAGAAAAACAUAGUGUGAUAAGUCAUGAAUUGAACAUCAAGGACAGACCCACACAUAUUGGACAAUCCAGGAUGGUUUAACAGUCUCACCAAAUCAAAGCGAAGAAUUCAACAAUGAGCUUCGGAGGAAUAGAUUGCUGCUAAUAAGUAAUGAAGAAAAUAAUGAGAAAACGCUAUUUAUCAGGUGCAAACAGACACUCCUUGAUGUGCUCUUUGGGAACCCUUUCUUCUUCAUAUUGACCUGGUAUCCCAAGUAUCACCAGCACAAGUCUUACCUUAUCAUUUGAAGCAUCAAUAACCUGCUUGCUCCUCUAGCCAUCGCAUUUUCACUACUUACAGCCUACAUCAUCUUCUUUGCCAUUUUCAUUGUUGGUAACUUGGCAAUACUUCAUGUACUGGUGAGUGGAUACAAUGAUGUUAACACAGGUAAAUCAGUCAUUUAUUCUGAUCCCUACAGGCUAUCUAAGAGUUGUACUGGGCACAGAUUUUUGGGACUUGCCAGCUUCUUUGCUGUGAUGGCUAUCCUUUCCAUACCAACCUAUAGCAGGUAA